GUAAAAACAUGGAAGUUCAGGAAUUCAACACAAGUCUAAUGCGCUAACCGCAACGGUCGUCGUGGCUCAAGAUUUUUCCCCCUCUUUUCCGGGUUUUGUAUCGCGUUGAGGCUGCUCGCGCUGCCCCAAUUUCACACAAUUAACUCCCUUCUCCCCUCGGGUUCCUCGCUUCGGCUGUUCACUUGUCAAAUAAAAAAAGAAUCGUAAAGGACAAGAUUCAUCAUCAAUAAGAAUAAGAAGAAAGCAAAGUCGAAGGCUGUGCGAGAGCUGGCUUUUUGCUUUUGCUCCCAUGUUUGGCGAACUCAUCUGCGGCCCACCGGGCAGCGGCAAGACCACCUACUGCGAGGGCAAACGCCAAUUCCUCAGUGUGUACGACCCCACCCGACCGGUGGUGCUGCUGAACCUCGACCCGGCCAACGAGGACGUUUUCCCGUAUCCGUGCGACGUGGACAUCCGCGAGCUGGUAGACCACGGGCGUGUCAUGCAUGAGGAGCAUCUGGGCCCCAAUGGCACCUAUCUCUUCUGUGCCGCCGUCAUGCAGGCGAACGUGGACUGGGUGCUCGCGAAGGUAGAGGCGGCGGUGGAGCAACGGGUCCAUGAAGUGUUGACCACGGAGGUGAACACAACAUCAUCAGGGUCGUCGUCUACGGCACAUUAUCGUUCCGCUGCUGGCGGUGGUGGUGGCGGUCCGACGCUGCGUGCGCCGUACCUUCUCAUCGACUGUCCUGGACAGGUGGAGUUUUACCUUGAUGCGCAGGUCAUGCCCGCCAUCACACGGGCGCUGGCGAAGCGGCUGCAGUGUAGUCUGUGCACCGUGCACCUGGUUGACGCGGGGAUUGCCACGCGCGACGUGCCGACCUACGUCUCCUCGUGCGUGUUGUCGCUCACCACGAUGAUUGACCACGAGUUGCCGCACGUGAAUGUGCUGAGUAAGUGGGACACCGUGCCAGCUGGCGUUCUCGAGGACACCGACGAUGAGGGUGAGACGUUUCUGAACGCUUCCUCGUUGCUCUCUGAGAACUUCGAUCGGCUGUGGAAGCGGCAGCUACGGCGGCGGCUCCAGGAGCAUCGCAUGGCACAGCACUUCGUGACGAGCGCCUACCCGCUGCCACGACUAACACUGGAGGAGCGCGAGGAGGAUGCGAAGCUGGCGCAGCUCGACCUGCAAAAAGAGGGUGGGCGCAUUUACCGUUACACCCGGCUGCUGAUGGACGUGGUGGAAGGCUACGGCAUGGUGGGCUUUCUGCCGUUGGAUGUGCAGAGUCAAGAGAUGAUGCUGCGACUGACACAGGAGGUGGACAAUGCUGCCGGCAACUUCUUUUAA